ACGCCGCCCUGCCAGGCCAGCCCGGGCCGCACCGAGCCGCGCGACGCGUGCCGAGCCGAGCCGCCGGGCCGAGCCGAGCCGCGCCGAGCCCCACAUGUUGAUCAUCCCCAGUCUAACCGCCAGGCCCCCGCCGCGCAGCGCCUGUCGCCGCGACCGAGUGCGUCGUCGUGCACCUCUUCUAUGCGUCCGGAGGUUGUCGCAGUGCCGCACCGGGGCUGUCAGGAUGUGAAGAGAACCACAGUCCCUGGUGAUGGAGAAAGGAGGGGCCGGCGCCCUCCUCCUGGCCUCCACUGUUGAGCACCGCCUGCUGGUAGCCGCAGCGCGAGCCGCAGCUGCGGGGGAGAGCGCCGCUAGCGCAGCCGGCGCCGCGGCCGAGUGGGGCAGCGAGAGCAGGAGCAGCCAGGGCGGCAGCGGCCCCGGGCCGUCCGCAGCACGGGAUGAGAUGUCGUCGGCCUACACGUCCUCCUCCGAGCCGACCGGCUGGACGGAGGAGCCGUGGGCACGCGGCGCCAACGGCAGCAGCAGCACUCCCGCACUGCUGGCCUCCGUGGCCGCCGCCGCGUCCGGGUACGUCAGCGCCGGCCUGGUGGCCAGCGCGCUCCCCGGCCAGGACGACGCCUGGGCCAACGCCUCCUCCUCGGCCCCCAGCCUGGCCGCCAACGCCACCCGCAACGAGACGCUCCCCAGCGGGCCCGUCUUCUGCGAGGGGUGGGAGGCCGUGCAGAACAACCUCUUUCAGGUCGCCAACCUCUUCUACUGCAUCGCCUUCCUAGUGCCGCGGCACUUCAAGCAAAGCGUGCUGCUCUACAGGUUCCUUCUCGUCUUGGGCUCGCUGCUCACGGCAUCGUGGGCGAGCUUCCACCUGUGCGCGUUCGACGUGUUUGUCUGGAACGUGGCCCUGAUGGUGGUGAACGCAGGCCAUACUGCGGCGCUGGUGGUGCGCUUCCUGCCGCCGGCGCUCUCGCCCGACCUCACCGAGCUCUACCUCAAGGUGUUCCGCCCGCUCAAGGUGUCCAAGAAGGCCUUCAAGGAGCUGGCGCGCGAGGCGGCCGUGCUAACGCUCGAGGCCGGCGACACGUACGCCGUGGAGGAGCAGACGCCGGCCGACGAGCGCCUCUCGAUCCUGCUCAAGGGCAAGCUGGCCGUUAGCUGUGACGGCACACACCUGCAUCACAUCAACAUCCACCAGUUUGUGGACUCACCCGAGUGGGAGGCGAACCACGACACGAGCGAAAACACCUUCCAGGUUACCAUCUCUGCUGAAGAAGAGAGCGUGUACAUGUGCUGGCCGAGGAUGAAGCUGUCACGCGUACUGAGGCACCGACCGCAGGUGCGCAUCGUGCUGGACACCCUCAUAGGCAAGGACAUCACCCAUAAGCUGUACUCGCUCAACGAGCACAUGCACGGCAACGACCGCGCCCGUGCGCGGGCGGCGCGCUCCGAACACUGGCGGCGCAGCAUGGCACGCUCCGUGAGCGUCGACGCCGUGCACACCGGCACCCGCGGCCACGUGCGCUCCGCCGCCUUCAAGAGCGCGCGCCGGGAGAGGGCCACCAGCGCGGCGCAGCAAGGCGACGAGGGAAGAGACGUGCUUCAGUCGCCGGUGCGCGCGGGCCAAGCGCAGUGCUGGAUCCCGCUGGUCGCCAACCACUUCCCAGUGACGUCGCCCUUCACGGACGCACAGGGUCAGCCCCAGGCCCUCACGGCGGCGAUGGCCAACGCGCCUGGUAUGGCGGCUGUCUCUGGAUUGCCACUGACGACGUUACCUGCCGGUGUUCCGGGUGUCCCAGUGUCCGGAGUCCCGGGACUAGGACUGCAAGUGCCGUCAAGCAUGGCCCUAGUGCCUGUUCCGGUCAUCGUGCCCGUCCUAGCUCCGCCGCCAACCCUCCACCAGGCACGGAAUCGUUCUAUGCGCCGGGCGGGGGCCGGUGUUGGAGUAGGAGUCGGCGUUGGAGUCGGAGUGGGAGUCGGAGUGGGGACGGGCGCCAGCGGGGUUAAGUUUGAGGCGACUCCGGUAUGACGGCAAGCUCCCAACCUCACGCCGAGCCCAGGCCUCAGCCCGUCGGAGGGUGCUGCGGCAGGCACUGAAAAUCUUAGUCUAGACUGAGCGAAAGGCGAACAAUCAACGGAGAGAAAAUAUAAUUUAACGAACAAUGAAUGGAGAGAAAAAAAAAAUGUGAACAAUGAAUGGCGAGAAAACAACUAAAGGCGAACAAUGAAUGGAAAGAAGAAUUGAAAGGUAAAGAGAGAAAAAUGUAAAGGUAGGCUAAUUGUAACGGCAGCAAAAAUGUGUGUUUUUACUAAUAAAAAAAAGGCAUGCUGCAUCGUUCAAGAAGCAUAUUUUCAACAAAUAAAAAAAUAGCAGCAAUGCGGUUGAAUAUGUGAUAUGCAUAUACUCAUAUGAAUGAAUAAAAUCCAUAUAGUAUAAAAAUA